AUGGCCAAUACUCCCAUCUGGCCACUUCUGUCCACUGUAUUCCAGUCAAUUCUGGAGGUAUUUCUGGUAUGUAGCGCAGGCUACAUACUCGCAUGGCGCCGUAUCAUCGACAAGCCCACUCAACGCGUGAUAAACCACAUCAACAUCUCCCUGUUCACGCCUGCACUGUUAUUCUCCAAAGUCGCAUUUUUCCUAAGUCCAGCAAAACUCAAGGAACUAUGGAUUAUUCCAAUUUUCUUUACAGUGGUCACCAUUUUCUCCGCGCUCGUGGCGAGAGUCCUUUCGAAGAUUUUUGGACUGAAGAAAUCUCAUCAAAACUUCGCUAUGGCUGCUUCCAUGUUCAUGAACUCGAACUCCCUACCCAUCGCUCUGAUGCAGAGCCUUGUGAUCAGUGUGCACGGCCUUAAGUGGACCCCAGACGACAACACGGACGCAAUGCUGGGUCGUGCACUUACGUACCUGGUACUGUAUAGCACCCUCGGGAUGAUGCUUCGAUGGAGCUACGGCGUGCGUCUGCUUUCCUCUGCAGACACCCCGCCUACGCCAACCUCUCUUCGUUCGCCCCAACUUGCGGCUGCGCCAUAUGAUGCCGAAGGAGCGCAAUACAUUGAUAAUGCAUCCCUAUCAGACGAGGCGACGCUUAACGAGCAUCAUCGUUUACCCAGAUCCCAGCCCACGAGUCCCACGAGUCCCUCUCAUCAUUGGCAAUCUCAGGUGCACCCUACAAGCCCUUUACAUUACUGGCAAACCCAAGCCCGUACCCAAGCUGUAUCCGUAACUUCGCCUCUCGAUGACACGAAUGCCAAUGAUCAAGAUACAGCAUGUGAGAUUCCUACCUUCAUCCCAGAACCUGCAGGCCAUAUCUAUGGACAACUACAUCCGCACCCCUCUCCAUCGUACCGUCACCUGUCCCCACCUCACCCAUCCCAACCGUCAUCUUCACGUCCGCCUUCGCGUUCCUCUCACUCACCACACCCAUCACGGAACAUGGCUAUAUACCAUUCCUCCCCAAAUUCACCUUCGCGGGAACAUACGCCUUUGGUCUCAGACAAUGUCACGCCCGCAGAUUCGGAGGACGAGAUAGAAGAUGGUACAGAAGUUAUUUUCCAACACCAUCAACACCAUGAGAGACUGGACACUGGUCUCCGACACAUCUGGAAGCGCACCAAAAGUGCAUGGCGCAGUAUCAAUGCGUUCAUGACAAUGCCCCUAUGGGCCUCUCUCCUUAGUCUCGUCGUCGCGUGUACUCCGCCGCUCCAAUCUGCGCUUGAACACAUGGAACCUGUUAAAGGCGCGCUUAGUGCCGCAGGCAAUUGCAGCAUACCACUGACGCUUGUGGUGCUUGGAGCAUACUUCUAUUCCGAACCUCCCGAGGACGACAUGCAAAGUGGAGAUCUGAUGGACUACGAGACAGACGAGACAAGGCGGGACCUCAGGAAAUCUCGUACCUCACUGCUCAGUACCCUUCAGGAGAUUUUGGUACUCAAACGCGCACAACCGCAGCCUCAGACGCCCGGGGAAAGCAAGACGGUGUUCGUGGCAGUGCUUGCAAGGAUGGUUGUCGUUCCAGCUGUGAUGCUUCCUGUGAUGGCGAUUCUUUCGAUGCUUGAUAUUCACGAUAUCUUUGAGGACCCCGUGUUUAUGGUGUCCAAUGUACUCUUGAUAGCAAGUCCACCAGCUCUGACGCUCGCGCAGAUGACGCAAGCAGCCUCGAACGACUCGUUUGAGAGGCUUAUAUCACGGACGGUUUUCUGGUCGUAUUGCGUUGUCACCCCACCAAGCACGAUUUUAGUUGUUGUUCUGGGGUUGUUGAUUGCUAAGCUGUGA